GCUCCCUCCUCUCGACGCUCCACCAACUUGUCACCAAAGAUGGCGAUUUGCUGAGUGCUCAUGGCUACACACACUUUUCGGCUAGCUGUUAUCUUAYCCAAAACGCCAACUUUAAGAACAAAUUAACUGCAUAGCAAGUAACUAAUUCUCUAUUAGAAGCACCUCUGACGGGACGUCAGCCUUUGCUACCAUGCAGAUCACGCUUAAAACGCUGCAGCAGCAGACUAUUCAGAUUGAGAUAGACCCCGAACAAACGGUCAAGGCCUUGAAAGAGAAGAUAGAAGCUGAACGUGGAAAAGACAAYUUUCCUGUUUCUGGGCAGAAAUUGAUAUAUGCUGGCAAAAUCUUGCAAGAUGACACGCCAAUUAAAGACUACAAAAUUGACGAGAAGAAUUUUGUUGUAGUGAUGGUGUCUAAGGCUAAGCCUGCAGCUGCUGCUUCACCACCAGUCUCAGAAGCCCCCAAGCCCCCUGUACAGGACUCUGGCUCCACAUCAACACCUGCUCCGGCUUCAAACCCCGCUCCUGCCCCCACCCCAGCACCUGCCCCUGCCCCAGUUUCUUCUGAGGAGGGCAAACAGGAGCCAACCCCUGCAGAGACAGAACCACAACAACCAGCCAGCUCCAGUGGUGGGAGUCAGGGUCUGGAUGCCUCCUCAGCACUGGUGACCGGGGCCGAGUAUGAGGCCAUGCUGACAGAGAUCAUGUCUAUGGGAUAUGAGAGGGAGAGAGUGGUGGCAGCGCUACGGGCCAGUUUCAACAACCCACACAGAGCUGUGGAGUACCUGCUCACUGGUAUCCCAAGUAGCCCAGUUCAGGAGAGUAAUCCACCAGCGCAGGCCCCGGCAUCUGGCCCCACAGAGGCUCCAUCUCUAGCAGAAGGAGAAAACCCACUUGCAUUCCUGCGCACGCAGCCCCAGUUCCUGCACAUGAGACAGGCCAUCCAGCAGAACCCGUCUCUGCUCCCAGCUCUUCUCCAACAGCUAGGCCGAGAGAAUCCUCAGCUCCUCCAG